CAUACAGGAAAGAAGCCCCAUUGCUGUUCUGAAUGUGGCAAGCGAUUUUCUGAAUUAGGCUAUCUUCAGAGUCACACAAGAAUUCACACUGGAGAGAAGCCAUUUUCCUGUUUGGACUGUGGCAAACGGUUCUCAAAGAUGGUCACCCUUAAGACCCAUAUAAGAAUUCACACUGGAGAAAAGCCAUAUACUUGUUUGGAAUGUGGAAAACUAUUCUCUGACCGCAGUCAUCUUCAGAGACACAGAAAAAUCCACAGUGGGGAGAAACCGUACUGCUGCUCUGAAUGUGGCAAACAAUUUUUGCUAAGAAACGAUCUUAAGAGGCAUGCAAGAGUUCAUACUGGAGAGAGACCCUACUGCUGUUCUGAAUGUGGCAAACACUUCCGUGACAGAAGUACACUUAGAAGACACACUAAAAUCCACUCUGGUGAGAAGCCUUUUUGUUGUUCAGAAUGUGGCAAACAAUUCUCCCGAUUUGCCCAUCUUCAGACGCACACAAGAACUCACACUGGAGAGAAACCAUAUAGUUGUCCAGAAUGUGACAAGCAAUUUUUACAAAUAAGUAGUCUUCAUAGUCACACAAGAACUCAUACUGGAGUGAAGCCAUAUUACUGUUCAGAAUGUGGUAAACUAUUUGCACAACUAAGCAAUCUUCGGAGUCAUGCCAGAACUCACACAGGGGAGAAGCCACAUUGCUGCAAUAACUGUGGCAAAAGAUUCUCUUACAAGAGCAGUCUUCAAAACCACUCAAAAAUUCACAUAGGAGAAAAACCUCAUUGCUGUUCUGCAUGUGGCAAACAGUUCUCAAAAAUGAUCAGUCUUAAGACCCACAUGAGAAUUCACACUGGAGAGAAACCAUAUUCCUGUUCUGAAUGUGGGAAGCAGUUCUCUGACAGCAGCCAUCUUCGAAGACACAAAAGAAUUCACUAUUGAGAGAAGCCAUGAAAGAGUAAGAAGAAAGGAAAGAAACAGUUCAAACUAACUCUCCUUAGUCCAAGUCUGCGCCAGGAAGACAGAGUCCUCCAAGAAGUGGACUCAGGGCUUUUUAAUGCCAGUCAACAGUGGACAGAUUUGCAGAAGAGGGAAGAGAUGCUUUAAAUGGUAAGUUUUGUAUUUAUCCAUUCCCAGGAAUUUGGGAAUCCCGCAUUUCAUUCCCGGCAAU